AGUGUUAAAUUUGUUUUCAUUUGUUUUGUUUUUUAACUUUGAAAAGUCAGACAAUUUAAAGAUAAUUUAUAGAAGUAAGUAGAGUUUAUAUUAUUCUUUCCUGCACCUUUAUGCAGAUAAUGGCAAGCUUUACAGACAAAUUUAAGAUGACUCUUUCUAAGAUGUCACCGACACAACUAGCGGAAUACUAUUCAAGCUGGGCUGAAAAUAUGGGAUAUGAAAAGGACAUGAACGAGUGCAAGUUCCGUGCGUCUUCAAUAGUUGCUGACGAAAUGGCAGCGUGCUUCCCUGAAAAAAGAGAUCAGCUACAUAUCAUGGACAUUGCAUGUGGAACUGGUCGUGUUGGGACUGCGCUGGCAGCGUAUGGGUUUACGAACAUAGACGGCCUGGAUUCUUCAUCAGGAAUGUUAAAUGUGUGUAUGAAAACUGGACAUUACCACAACCUUUAUGAGGAAUAUUGUGGUUAUAAUACAUUACCUAUCCAAGAUGAUGUAUAUGAUUGUUUGGGUGUAGCGGGUGGAAUUGGAGGGGGUCAUAUACCUUGCUCUGGAAUAAUGGAAAUGAUCCGAAUCGUAAAACCAGGCGGACUUAUAAUAAUAGCGAUGAGGAAAGAGUUUGAAGAACGCGUGGGCAAGGAUAUAGAGGACAUGGACGCGCUUAUAUCAACAGUGGAAAAUAAAAACAAGGCGGAAUUAGUUGAAAGGCGGGAAGUGGAUAAAUAUUUUGUUGAUAGAGACGGGAUUCUCUUUAAAAUACGAGUGAAAUAAAAAUGACACUACUUUUUGUAAAUUGUCAGUGACUAGUUUUUGCAAAUAUAUAUAUAUAUGAAUAAACGAUAAAAAAUUAUAAUUAUAUUGAAUAAGAUGGAAGAAUCGGUCAUUUAUUGUAUAUUUAUAUGUCAUUUUAUAUGUCCUUAUAUAUGCUAUGUUUUAACAACCGUUACUUUUGUAAACAAAAUUUAGAAAACGGGUUACCGCCGUAUAAAGUACUGCAAUAUAGUUGUCCUCUAUUUUUGUUUUCGAUUUGCCAUAAUCAUAUAUGAAUAUCGCCAUCAAACUAGUUUUUUCUUGACUAUAAUAAUACUGUAAUUAUAUAAGUAUGGUAAAGUAUAUAUGUCGCAGUUCACCCAUUUAUUCUGGAUGUUGGUCGGUCUUUGGACUUAAGAAUAGGAUAUGACUGUAAGACUAUAUUGCGCUUAAAUUCUACUGAACUUUGCUCUGGUGAAUUCAAAGUGGCUUACCUCCGUCUUCGUAUGAUAAACUACAAAAACCACCACAUCAUUAUAUACGUGGUACAAGAGGAAACAUGUAAAAAUUGA